AUGCAAAUCUACAAAGCGGUUGUCAUCGUGUUCCUGUGCGAAAUAGAUAUCGUUUUAUCAAAUGGCGAGGAGUGGCAGUUGCCGCUCAGUAUCGAAGAAGAGUCGAAUGGAGAACUGCAUCGUCCUCAUGAAUUGAACACGAAUCAAGUUUUACACAAACAUGAAAACACAUACGGAUUCGUAGAGCUGGGCUACCGAUAUCGAGCUGACCGGGAACGGCAACAAGUAAUCGACUUCACGAGAAGUGGCAUAAACAUACACCCUCAGUUCAGCGGUGGAUCGUUGAACAAUAUAGCCACAAUACGCUUGAAGCAUCCGGUGACGCUGAACCGAUAUGUGCAUCCGAUUCGUCUGCCACGAUUGUCCGACACUCGCACCUUCGAGAUGAUGGAGGGAACAGCACCUGGACGCCAAUACAAUGGAACGAUGCGCUAUUUGCGCAAUCAGAUAAUGUCGAACGAUGAUUGUCUCAUGAAUACGCAGUUUAUUUGCACGAAUGCUUACAUCGGUGGAGCGUUCUGCAAUCGUAUGUAUGGGGCAGGAUUGGUGGUAGAGGACGAAAAUGGGCCCAUACUGAUCGGUCUAACAAAUUUGAUCUACUCGUGCUCUCUAAACAAUUCCAUUUUGUACAUGCGUUUGUCACUUUUACGUGACUGGAUAGCGAACAGUUCCAAUUAUGUGUUUGAUUUUUAG